AUGGGUCAGUGCGGGGUUACCUCAUCAAAGACAGUUUUGGUCUUCCUGAAUCUGAUAUUCUGGGCUGCGGCUGGUAUACUGUGUUAUAUUGGAGCAUACGUCUUCAUCACCUACGAUGAUUAUGACCAUUUCUUUGAAGAUGUUUACACCCUGAUUCCCGCCGUAGUGAUAAUCGCCGUAGGAACGCUACUCUUCCUCAUCGGCUUUAUUGGCUGUUGUGCUACCAUUAGAGAAAGUCGCUGUUGCCUGAUUACUUUCUCUGUGGUGCUGCUGCUGGUCUUUGUCACAGAGGUGGUUGUGGUCGUACUGGGGUACAUUUACAGAGCGAAGGUGGAGGCUGAAGUGAACCACUCUAUACAAAAGGUUUAUAAUAAGUAUAAUGGUACAAACAUGGACGCUCCGAGUCGUGCCAUAGACUAUGUCCAGAGGCAGUUGCACUGUUGUGGGAUCCAUAACUUCUCUGAUUGGAUGAACACUCCAUGGUUUACUGAGUCCAGAAACAACAGUGUACCAGUGAGCUGCUGCAAAUACACUAUCAGUAACUGUACUGGGACCCUUGCACGCACUGGAGAUCUGUAUCCAGAGGGAUGUGAAGCCCUUGUAGUGAAGAAACUAAAGGACAUUAUGUUAUAUGUCAUUCUGGCUGCAUUAACGUUUGCAGCCAUACAGAUGUUGGGACUGUUGUGUGCAUCUGUGGUGCUGUGUCGUAGGGGUCAUGACCCUGCCUAUGAGCUGCUGGUCAGCACAGGCAUAGAUGCCUAA